AUGGUGGGAAUUAGCAUCUAUGCCUUCCAGACCGGGCAACCACAGAAGCUGACUCAUGGCUUUGAUUACAAGGGUCAGCUAUGUGGAGUGGACAAGGCCGUGGAGGAUAAGCCGAUGCUCUUCUGGUGCCCCAAAGGUAACCAGACCCUGCAUGGCCACGCAGCAGAUUUGGAUAUCAAACAUCCGAUUUGCAUGGCCGAAUGCCCCAGCCAAGAGCUCUUGUCUGUGCAUUGCUUCGACAACCCGAAAGCACAUGUCAAAGAUCUUGGCGGGUCAUUCCCGGACGAGCAGAUCACCAUCCAAACGAGGACAGUGAGAAAGCACACAUACCCGUCACAGGCCUUUGCCGGCAUGUUCUGUGUGCCACGCUUUCACGAGAAGCAGGGGCACAUCCUCGGGGACGAGCCCCUGGUACAGGAGCUUCUCGAUAGCCAUGGACCCAUCGGAAACGGCUACUUCCGCACAGCCGCGGCUUUGGGGAGCUUGCGUCGCUCCUGGCAGUCGGUGGUGAUCGCGGUACUACUUUCCGUCGUCUUCAGCUACCUCUACCUCUUCGCACUCAGGUGUGCGCCCUAUGGGACCAGCAUAGCUAGCAUUGUGAUUGUGAUGGUCGCGAGUCUGACCCUCGGCAUCUAUUUCUUGCUCGCCAGCAAGCUGUCUGGGAGCUGGCUUACACAUUACCAGAAUACCAACAGCCUGUACAAGAUUUUUGACACGGAGUACGCCCAGUGGGUCUCCAAGGUGCUAGGAAUGCUCCUCCUGUUCACCUUCUUCUUCAUGGCUUGUGGCCUCGCGGCAAUCCGCCAGAGCAUCAAACAGGCGACAGGCUGUGUGCGAGUUGCUGUGGAGUGCGUCUUCAGCAUGCCGACGAUGAUGCUGACGCCUUGCUUCGAGGCAAUCUUCAAGCUCGUCCUAUGGUUUGCCCUCCUCAGCAGCUUAAUGUGGCUCUUGGCCACCGCAGAGGUGGUGCCGACCUCUCUUGACGAGGUGGGUAACUUCGUGUAUGGCACAUCUCGACGUGUGGUUUUCACGGUGGACCAGCAAGCCAUGCUGGCAUUCUACCUCGUGGGGAUCGUCUGGUUUAUAGAGUUGAGCAAGAACUUUGCGACUUUCGUGGUCACCUAUGCUGUCUUUCUUUGGUACUACACUCCCAAGCCGAAGGGCUGUGGCCCUUCUUUCCCGCUUCUGCAGGGCGUCGGGGCGGGCCUCUUCUACCACCUUGGUACCAUUGCCCUGGGCUCCUUCCUCAUCGCGACGACUCGACCUUUUCGCCUCACCUUCCUCUGGCUGUCGCGCCAAGCGAAGGGCGAAGGAAAUGCCAUCGUCGCCGCAGUUGCCUCUUGCUGUGGUGCCUGCAUCAGCUUUACACACCGAAAUCUGGAGUUCAUGACCAAGGGCGCCUUCAUGGACGUCGUGCUUUCUGGGACACCGUUCAUGGUGGCGGCACAGAAUGCGCAUGGCUUCGUGUCGGCCGAUGUGGGCAGGAUCGCGGAACUGACAGGUGCUGUCGGGAUCAUCAGCUUUUCGGUAGUGUCCACCGUCUUCACCCUGACGUUGCUUGCAAUUUGGGGAUUCCUCACGUUCCGACUGCGCCAGGCAAGCCUGACAGUAUGGAGUGGGAUGGGCGCAUAA